CCCUGAUCCUCAUCGUUAUCACAGAUCCCUUUCUGCUCAAUCUGGGUUCAGGCCCUGUGUAUCUAAAGACAUGGAGUUUGUGUCUGGAUACCGAGAUGAGUUCCUCGAUUUCGCUGCUCUUCUCUUUGGCUGGUUCCGAAAGUUUGUAGCAGAGAGAGGGACCAUGGGGACCAGCCUUGAGGGCCGAUGGCGUCAACUGGAGUCUCAGAUAAGGAGGCUGCCUCAGGACCCUGCCCUUUGGGUGCUCCACGUCUUACCAAACCGCAGUGUGGGCAUCAGCCUGGGGCAAGGUGCAGAGCCUGGUCCUGGGCCAGGCCUAGGGGCUUCUCGGCUCCUGGGAGAUGAGCCUCCGCUUCACCUGCGAGACCUGAGUCCUUAUGUCAGUUUUGUCAGCCUAGAGGAUGGGGAGGAAGGGGAGGAGGAGGAAGAUGAGGAGCAUGGAGAGGAGAGACCAGGCACAGAAAAGGCAGAACCACAGGAGGGCGGGGAGCCAGCCCCUCCAAGCAAGGAAUUCCCCCAAGAAGCAAAGCCUGCUCCCGAGUCAGGGGUGACCCAUCAGGAGGCAAGUUGUGAUGAAGGCUGCAGAGAGGAGCGACCAGAAGAUGACAGGGUGUCUGAAAAGAGGAGAGGACGGAAGAAUGAGGCUGCCCCCCUGCACCUCUCCUGCCUUUUGUUGGUGACAGAUGAGCAUGGCACCAUCUUGGGCAUUGAUCUGCUAAUGGAUGGAGCCCAGGGAAGUGUAGGCCAGAGCCCAAGGACUGAGAAUCUGGCUCCUCGGGCCUAUGCUCUCCUUUGUCAUAGCAUGGCCUGCCCCAUGGGCUCUGGAGACCCCCGCAAGCCCCGACAGCUUACUGUAGGAGAUGCCCAUCUGCAUCGAGAGCUGGAGAGCCUGGUCCCAAGGCUGGGUGUGAAGUUAGCAAAAACCCCAAUGCGAACAUGGGGUCCUCGGCCAGGGUUUACUUUUGCCUCCCUUCGGGCUCGAACUUGCCAUGUUUGUCACAAGCACAGCUUUGAAGUGAAGUUGACACCCUGCCCCCAGUGCAGUGCAGUCUUGUACUGUGGAGAGGCUUGUCUCCAGGCUGAUUGGCGGCGAUGCCCAGAUGACGUGAGCCACCGAUUUUGGUGCCCAAGGCUUGCAGCUUUCAUGGAGCGGGCAGGAGAACUGGCAAGUUUGCCUUUCACCUAUACUGCAGAGGUUACCAGUGAAACCUUUAACAAGGAAGCUUUCCUGGCCUCUCGAGGCCUCACUCGUGGCUAUUGGACCCAGCUCAGCAUGCUGAUUCCAGGGCCGGGUGUCCCCACGAACCCCUGGGGCAGCACACCAUCCCUCAGCUGCCUUCUCAAUGGUGAUCCUUACCAGCUUCUGCAGGGAGAUGGGCCUGCCUUGAUGCCUCCAGUGCCCCUAGACCCACCCAGGAGCCUCUUUGGUUCAUGGCAGGAUUACUACACGUGGCGGGGCCUUAGCCUGGACUCCCCCAUGGCUGUGCUUCUCACCUACCCACUGACCGUGUACUAUGUCAUCACCCACCUGGUACCCCAGUCCUUCCCUGAGCUCAACAUCCAGAAUAAACAGUCCCUGAAGAUCCACGUGGUGGAGGCUGGCAAGGAAUUCGAUCUUGUCAUGGUGUUUUGGGAGCUCUUGGUCCUUCUCCCCCAUGUGGCCCUGGAGCUACAGUUUGUGGGUGACAGCCUGCCACCUGAGAGUGACCAGCAGCAUUUUACUUUGCAGAGGGAUGGCCCUGAGGCGUCUGUGCGUCCUGGUUCUGGAGUAUCAGCACGGCUCAGCUCUGGGACUAAGGAGAAGGGAGGUCGAAGGGAUCUGCAAAUCAGGGUGUCUACCAGGCCCUAUCACCUGCUCCAGGGACCCAAGCCUGACCUGGUUAUUGGAUUUAACUCUGGCUUUGGUCUCAAGGACACAUGGCUGAGUUCUCUACCCCGCUUACAGUCUCUCCGAGUGCCAGCUUUCUUCACUGAGAGCAGCGAGUACGGCUGUGUGAUGGACGAUCAGACCAUGGCAGUGGCCACAGGAGGGGGCACCAGCUCGCCACAGCCCAACCCCUUCCGCUCCCCAUUCCGCCUUAGAGCAGCUGACAACUGCAUGCCGUGGUACUGCAACGCCUUCAUCUUCCAUUUGGUUUACAAGCCUCCCCAAGGCGGCACCGUCCGAUCGGCUCCCGGCCCUGCUCCUCGACCCCCAACUCCGGCUGCUCCUCCUGUCCCGGCUCGAAGGCGCCGAGGAGAAAAGAAAGCUGCACGCGGGUCCCGCCGGCGCAGAUGAGAGCGGAGUUGGCAGCCGUCCAUUCCCAAGCAUGCUUUCUAAAGGAAAACAUUCCAAGGCCCUGGGAGGACUGAUUGUCGGGACACGAAAGGUUAAAUAAAAUUUCUUGUUUGAAACCUC